UUCAUAAAGUAAUUUGCUUGCACAACACUAUCCAAGUUGUUUAAUUUAGAUUAGGAGAGCAUUCAUUUGUGCCUGAAAUCUGCUUGCCCCUCUGUGGGCCAGUAACAUGACAAUCUUGCUGGAAAGGACCCCGUGUUGCUAAGUAACGAUGCCAAACAAGAGAAAACCUGCAGUUGCAGUGUGGUGGAAAGAAAACAUUGCAUACCCAAGCUUUCCUCUCAACUUUGUGGAGCAAAAUCCCCAGAGGCUGAUGCAGUUGGUGAGUUUUUAAUACUGGAAAACAGUCACCAUUUUGUUAAUUCAGCAUUGGAAAUACAAGUAGCACAAGCACAAUGACCAAAAAGAAAGGCAAUCCAGGGACAAAGGUGACGCUCCAGGAUGCCAAGAAGGCCAUACGGAUGAAACCCGACGGCUGGCGCCGACUCACGCUUAGCAACAUGGGCAUUACCAUUUUCCCCCAGUGUAUCUUCAAACUGACUAAUAUGGAUGAGUUGGAUCUCAGCCGCAACCAGAUACAAAAAAUCCCGGACAACAUUGGAAAGUUGUCGUCGCUCAGGUGGCUGGACCUCCACAGCAACAACCUGGAAUCGGUGCCCGAGUCCAUCGGUAAACUAGUGGGCCUGACACAUCUCAACCUCUGUAACAAUCGUCUCACCUCGUCAGGCUUGCCCUCUACGCUUGCUUCACUUACCAACCUGACGAGUCUAAAUCUCGGGUUGAACAAACUGGAAUCUCUGCUUCCCACAAUGGUUCCUAGGGAUAACCUCAAAGAGUUAGGCUUGUUUGACAACCUCUUUACUAGCCUUCCAGACUUUGUGAUAUCUCUCUGCGAUCUGACAAGGGUAAACGUCAAACGAAACCCAUUAAAACUCCUAAAGACGUCAGACGAGGAAGAUGGUGUGUUCCUCGUCCACAAGAAAAGGUUAUGUUGUAGGUGCCGUAAAAUAGGUAAAGACCCGGCAGGAAGGCAUGCGAGAGGAGACUGUGUGACAGAGAAGUUUGAGGAAGAAAGGUCUUAUUCAGGACUGAUAACCCCGAACUCGGUGGCUGCUCUCAAUCAGGAUGUUUGGAGAGUUAAGAAGAUAGAACACUAUCAGUCGUUUGAAGGCGGUAUGAUACGUUUUGAUGUAUCCCACAUGGAACAAGACUGAAAAAAUUUGCCGUGUCAAUGAAUUGCUAUUUAUUGACUACCUGGCAUUGGCGAUGAUGUCAGAAACACCUCUGCCUUUUAAUGACACCACCACCUUGCACAACCUGCAAGUCAAAUUUCAGCUCAAGUUAAACACCAUUGUCAAUAUUUUUACAUCCAUCCAUUAUAUGAGUCUUUUUACCUUUUAUAUGCAGAGACAUGAUCCUUAUUUGUGAAAACCAAGAAGACUGAGUGGCCAUUUUUCAUCAAGAUCUCAAUGGCAUUGUCCUAAGAAAGAGAACAGUGUUAUAGCUUACUGUAGCAUCAUCAGGUUUGAAUUUUAAAGCAGUGUUGUUUUCGUCAACAAUGACGAUAACGAAAAGCCAACGAACAAUUUUUUCAUGACGAUGACGAGCUAAAAACGCAGCAUAGGAGACCAGAACCUAACGAGACGAAUGCCAGUUUCAGGACAAAAAUGCGACAAUCGUUUCUGUCAUGUUCAUAAUGUGUGACAUUUUCAUGUUGUACGCGGAGUACGUCAGCUUGCAUCUUAGCUGUGUUUGGGUUGUGCCACUCAUGUGAGAUGUGCUGCUUCUCUCAUGCUCCUCACCGGAGUUUAUGAUACGUCUAGAGCAGUGGUUCUUAACCUGGGUUCAAUUGAACCCCAGGGGUUCAGUGGGUCAGUCUAAGGGGCAGGGCCGUGCAGAGACUGAUGGAGGGGCAGGUGCUCAUAGAUAUAAAGGGGCACAUGAACAAAAAUUAAAUACACCUUACCCCAUAACUUCCAGUUUAACCAGCUUUACAGUAUAAUUGGCUGUGACUGUGACAGACUUUAAUUGGAAGGGAGGAACAGUGAAUAGAAAUCAACACUGUCAUCAACACUCAGUCAGUCUUUGCCUCUUUUCUUCCUUCAACCUCUAUAUCAAAACUUCCUUACUCAAUUUGUUGUUCAUCUGAAAACAAACCAAAUUAGAUGUUCACUGAGCCACCAGCAGCACAGUUUUUUCAAAACUAUUAUUUCAUUGUUAGAGAACUUUAAAGACGUGUGCCUUUCUAAAUAAUGUUGAGAAGAGAACAGACACAUAUGGUUGCCUAUAGAAAAUAGAGACACACGUAUUGAAAUCGCCUUGGGGCGGGGUGUAAUUCAUUACUAAAGUAGAAAACUAAAUAAGAAAAAAUUGCUAUUUUUUUUUAAUCUCCACAAUAAACCUGGUGGAAGAAUUUUCACUACAGUAUUUGCUGGAACAGGGUUUAAUAGGGUAUUAUCAUUUGUUUUCAACCACCAAAUUUCCUCAGACUCCUCAACACACACCCAGGUCACAGAGGAACAGCAUGCGGGGUUAUGCGCCGGCUUAGCGGCACACAGACGGCUUUUUUUCAAAAAUUUUUUUAAAGUGUUUUCGGUGUCAAGUAAAGUACUCUGUGGCGUGCCUGCACAGCACACACAUAUGCAAAAAAAAAAAAGAAAAGGAAAAAAAGCCCAGCCAGAAGGGGCACUUUGGGCAUGUAGGGGCAAAGGGGCAGGUGCUCAAGCACCCCCCCUGCACGUGCCUGCCAAGGGGUUCGGUAAAAGUUAAGACAAACAGGGCCUUAUUAUUGGAUGCUGACUAACUCUGGUGUUUUAGACCAGGUUUGAGACUGGCUAGUCCUCAAUUUACUUGCCUGGCACAGCCAGACUAUUCUCCCUGUGUUUUUCAAACACUGAGAGUAUAUUCUGGGACCCAGCCCAUUAACGGCCUCUCCAGCAAGUACAAAAUCAAUCGACAAAUCAGAUUCAUUUGCGUGACGUGUUCUUAACGACCAACGUCACUUCUGCAUCAGAAGUCGUCUCCACAACAACACAGAUGGCGACCAGGAGAGCCGAGAAUAUGUUCCAAUCCACGGUAAAAUCAGUUUUAAAUUACCAAAAACACAUCGACACAAGUCAUUGACAACAGUCUGUCUCGCCGAAGCAACAACAGCGUCAAUGAGCAAUCAAUAGUUCUACGGCGUUGCUCUGUCAUUAACCGCCAAGCCAAACUCGUGGGGUUUGGUACAUUUAGCAAAGUUGAGAACCACUGAUCUACAGCUUUAGCAAGGUUAAGAACCACUGGUCUAGAGCUAAGCUGCGCGCCAUCUUGCUUGUUUGAAAACACGGUCAGAUUUGUUUUCAUUAUCUUGGCAAGAGAGAAUAUGCAGUGCUGCUUUAGUUUUUAAAAGUCUGUGCUGAGAUGAUCAGACACUAAAUGUGACAUCUAGUGUUAGCGUAGAAUUCACAUUAGCAUUAGCUUCAGAAUGGCGAGCAUCCUCUUAAAACACUGGCCAGUCUAGCACAGAGCCAGUUGGGGAAAUGGCAUUUAGCUAAUAGCCCACAUCAGCAGUUUUGUUUGGUAAAAGAGCAAUUACUAGGAAAUACUGAUUCUUUGCAACUUCUGGCUAGACUCUAAGAAUAGCAAAAUCUUUUUAAAAAAUUCCCAGUGUUAAACGCUCAGAUAUUUUUUUACAUACAGUUCGUGGCUUUCAGGUGGGUUUAAUUGAAAAUAAUGUAUUGCUUUUCCUGCGUAGUGUGUAAUGUACUGUAUUAUCAUCACCAAGUUGGCGUUGUCCUAAGAGACGCUACAAUAUAUGCUCGUCUGUCUCUGUUCAUUUGAAAUUGUUUAAAACCUUUUUUAAGUUUUGGACAAAAAAACUUUUGAAUUUUACAGACAAAAACGAUGAGUAAAUGUCGACUAAAACUAGACGAAGAUCACAUUUCGAAACGACUAAAUUAUGACUGAGACUAAUAAGUAUUUUUGUCCAAAAGACUAAGACUUAACAAAAAUGAAAAGGGCUGUUAAAAACAACACUGUUUUAAAGGCAUUUGAUUUCUAGAA